AUGGGUAAUUUGUCGAGGUGGUUGCUGGUCGCCACACUGCUCUCGUUCGCACGAGCCUUCAGUCACGAGGACAUGAAAGAAGCCAUUCUGAAGAAGCUGGAGCUGAAAGAGCUCCCCCAGAUCCACAAGCGGGACUUGGACAACCUUGUCAUCCCGGCGCACAUCAAGAAUAAAUACCUUUCCAUGCUGAAACUGCACAACAAGCGGCGGCGCCGGUCCCUACCCAGCUUGGCUGGAAUUCUGAGGGGUAUCCCUGGAAACGCAGAUAUCUCAGGGGAGAUCAUGUACUCUGAUACUACGCGGCAGCGACUGGUCUUUGACAUGGAGGCCCGGAUUCCGGAUAAUAGUGAGGUUACCAUGGCAGAACUGAAACUGUUCAAGAAGGCUCCUCGCAAACUGCCCAUGCCGGAAAAGAAGCACCACCGACCUGCCAACAAUGCCAGAGUGAGCAUCUACUGGGUGGAGGUGCUGGAAAACGGAUCCAACCGGACAUCUCUUGUGGAUUCAAGGUUGGUGCCCAUCAGCGAAACCGGUUGGAAGAGCUUCGACGUUUCUCAGGCUGUUCACUACUGGUCCAAAACCCAGAGAAAAAGUCCACUGUAUCUUGAGGUCUGGAUCGAGGGCGAGAGACCGGGAAGCUACGCGGCCGAGAUGGCCAAGUGUGUGCGCUUUUCCACUCAAGACCCUUCAGACAAGAGCCUGGGAAAGCCAGAACUCGUGCUCUACACGCUGAACCUCGAUGAAUUCGGUUCCCGGGGCGACUGUGAAAUCAACAAAGCGAACAGCGUGUGCUGCAGAGAGGAGUACUUCAUAAACUUCCGAGAGCUGACCUGGACGCAGUACUGGAUCAUCGAGCCGGCCGGUUACCAGGCGUUCCGCUGCGCGGGAGGCUGCAAGCAGCCCAAGCGAAACUACGGAUAUGGGGAACGGACGUGCGCGGUGGUGGAAAGCGCGCCCUUGCCCAUGAUGUACCUGGUGAAGAGGGGCGACUACACAGAGAUCGAAGUCGCCGAAUUCCCCAAUAUGAUAGUCGAGAAGUGCGGGUGCACAAUGGACAAUAUAUCUAUUGUAUGA